AUGCGUCUUGUUGCCAUCUUCCUCUGGCUGUUGUUUGCGUUCUCUCCCAUCACGGAGGCAGCAUCCGCGCUCAUACACAACUAUGAAGCCAUCUACUUCUACUACGGCUACCUGGUCGACCUGGCCAUCAACGGGGACAAACGUAGCAUUGGCCCCAGGUGCACUCCCGAUCCAGAAAGCCACAGAAGCGUUUGCACCGUCGCCGAGUUUGUCAAAAGCAUCAUGAGUGACUAUGACGCCGCGCGGAUGCGACCCAGCACGCUGGGCGACACAACCAGCCCUGGCGAUCUGGACGCGCUCGCUGAGGACAUGCUCAACUGGCACUAUACCAAUUACGCGCUUGGCCGUCUUGUCAGGGGCAAUGAAGACAGACACAGCGUGCUGCUGCGGAGAGUGACCAACAUCCUCAACUACGCGCGCCAUAAUCGCCCGACAGUGCUGUCUGGGAACAUCCUCGCCCAGGCCAAAUUGGCCUUGCUAUCGGUCCACGCGGAGCGCGAAAAGGACAUACUUCAGCACAAAAUCAGGGAGUUUCGCAGAAUAUUUCCUCAGGCCGUGGUCCGCAAGAGGACCGUUUUCUUGGAGAACAUCGUUGCAUUCGAGGACAUCGACUGGGCCGCCACGGCAGAGGCGACAGCGCAGUAUACGAACGAGAACUUAGCUGCCCUUCUGCGCGAAAUGAAACGCUGGUGUUCCAACCCAGGCGGGCAGGACCGGGAAUUUCUGAACCAUUGGCGGCUUCUGGGAAGCAUCCGGACGCAGUCCGAUUCAUUGGGCAGUCUGGCUUCGUGUAUGGCGUUGUAG